AUGGCGACGCGACUGUUCCGACUUUCCUCUGCAAUCCGAAAUAACAAGAAAUUAUCCAAUGUUCCUAAACAGUGGCGUUCAACAGCUGCUGCUGUUAAUUACCAGCAAGCUCUUGUAAACGUUCCUCCGACUCGAGUAACUUGCAUCGACAAUGGUCUUCGCGUCGCUUCUGAAGAUAGUGGUGCACCUACCGCAACCGUAGGCCUUUGGAUUGAUGCAGGAUCAAGGUACGAAAAUGCCCGAAACAAUGGCGUUGCUCAUUUUUUGGAGCAUAUGGCAUUCAAGGGAACAUCUAAGCGAUCCCAAACUGAUUUGGAGCUUGAAGUUGAAAAUAUGGGAGCACAUUUAAAUGCGUACACUUCUAGAGAGCAAACUGUAUUUUAUGCUAAGUGUCUCAGUAAUGAUGUCCCCAAAGCCCUAGAAAUUUUGAGUGACAUCAUUCAAAACUCUCGGCUCGGUGAACCUGAAAUCGAGCGCGAAAGGGGGGUAAUCUUGCGAGAAAUGCAAGAAGUUGAAACGAAUUUACAAGAAGUUGUAUUUGAUCAUUUGCAUGCCACAGCAUACCAGGGAACUGCCUUGGGUAGAACAAUUUUGGGACCCACUGAAAACAUUAAGUCAAUUUCUCGGCAAGAUCUACAGGAUUAUAUUUCUACUCAUUACAAGCCCCCUCGCAUAAUUCUUUCUGGAGCUGGUGGUGUAAGGCAUGAAGAAUUGGUAAACCAUGCUAAGCAGUUGUUUGGUUGCUUGAAAAAUGAUUAUGAAAACUGUGAAAUUCCUCUUCUUGAACCAUGUAGAUUUACUGGUUCAGAAAUUAGGGUUAGAGAUGAUUCCAUGCCCUUGGCUCACAUUGCAAUUGCUGUAGAAGGAUGUGGAUGGACCAGUCCAGAUAAUAUCCCAUUAAUGGUUGCUAACACUUUAAUUGGAGCUUGGGACCGCUCCCAGGGAGGUGGUGCAAACAAUGCUUCCCAUUUGGCUGCUGCCUCAGCCGAGAGCAAUUUGGCUCACAGUUUCCAGUCCUUCAAUACUUGCUAUAAGGACACAGGUCUCUGGGGAAUCUACUUUGUCUGUGAGCCAAUGAAGUGUGAGGACAUGCUCUUCAACAUUCAAAGCGAAUGGAUGCGUCUGUGCUCAACCAUCACAGAAUCUGAAGUCGCUCGGGCACGUAACUUGCUGAAGACCAAUAUGUUACUUCAGCUUGAUGGUACUACCCCUAUUUGUGAGGACAUUGGACGACAGAUGCUGUGCUACAACAGGCGUAUUCCCCUGCAUGAGCUGGAGGCUAGGAUAGAAUGUGUCACCGUCCAGCAAGUUCGUGAUGUAUGCACCAAGUACAUUUAUGACCGUUGCCCAGCUGUCGCAGCAGUUGGGCCUGUAGAGAACCUUCCUGAUUACAACAGAAUCCGAUCAUCUAUGUAUUGGCUUCGCCUGUAA